CAAGCAGACACGCGACCACCACGACAACUUCCACCUCCACAUCAACACGCUUUUAAUGUCUCUCUCUGCAGUCAUUAUCUCUUACCUUCUUUGAACGUACCUCAGUCCCAGCUCCUCAGGGUCUCGUCAGUCACCGUCAGAUUCUCAACCCAUCGGUAUCGGGCUCGUUUAAAAAUCCUCCCGGUACUCUUUACAACACCUGAGAGUUGGUUUGUUUUUUUACAGCAGUGUUUAAAAAAUAAAAAAAACGCUCCAAUGCGUCACGCAACUAUUGAGGACACGAUGAAAGAAAAUUCGCUGAAGCAGGAGACAAAAGUCGAUUGGGAGGCGCGACAUCCUGAAGAAACGUCGCCGCAGAUUCCGAGGACCGCGGAGGAACAAGCCGGUGGAAGUCCUGUGAGUGCUCCAAUAGUGACGACGACGCGUCGGCACGUCAGGACGAUCACUACGACGGGACACAUUACGGAGACCCUUGCCGAGGACUCGGAACCUUCGCCAGUGUCCAGCCCGGGGGAGAACAAAAAUAACAACAACAAUAAUAAUAAUAAUAAUAAUAAUAAUAAUAAUAAUAAUAAUAAUAAUAAUAAUAAUAAUAGUAGUAGCAAUAAUAAUAAUAACAUAAAUAGCAGUAACAAGCUCCUUCAGGGGCAAGGUGUGGAACAUCCACACGCCGAACAGAGCUCGCAUUACGCGGAACAGUCUUACAUUCAUCUGCCGGCAGAUAACGGCAGUCCUGAUAGUAACCAGCAGGUUGUUUACACGAGCAACGGCGAGGAAUUACAAGUUGAGACCCAAAAUUCUGAGGGACAUCCUAUUACUUUGUCACUCAAGGAACCACCUAAAUAUGCAACAGCAGAAAGACCAGAAGUAGAGCGUGUCUAUGUUUACUCAGACGCGACAGACGCAGGAAAGGUUCCAAUACUCCUCCAGGUCCAGAGGAUGCAAGAAGAUUUCCGGCGACGCCACCACCACCCACACCAGCACCCUCAUCAUCACCACCACCAUCACCACCACUCCCAGUCCCAUCGAUUCAGUCCCCAUGCCCACGAAAACGGACAAGUCACCAGCAGAUACGAGUCUUCUAAUUCUGAAGAUUUUGAGCCGAGUGUCUCGAUGUCUCAGCCAGGCUCGACAGUUCUAGGCUCGCCUUCUUAUUCCACGCCCGUCGACGUCGUCAGGACGACGCAGCACCAACUCGUUUCAGGAUAUCCUGAAGCGACGAUCAAGUAUGACGUAGCAGCUGCUGUCGCCGCUGCUACAGAGAGCAUCAAAACCAGUAGUACUUACACAACUCUGGAGACUGUUGCGCUACCACCAGCUCAGACGGUCCAAUAUGCUCAGUACGUUCCUGAAGGCUUUCAGCAUACCAGUAGUUAUGGAUACGCUAAACCGGAAAUUACUUAUCUUAAUUAUCCUGGAGGACAAUCCAAUAGAAGCUCUGAGGUCGAAGCGCCAACAGGAGUGUACAUAAAAAACGAUCCAACCUUAACAUCUUCCUCAUUAAUCGGCAGUGGAAGAACGCAGCUGUACCACGAACAACCGGGUUCCCCGAAUUCUCAAGUGACCAUCUACGGAGCACCCGGAACCCCGACCUUCCAGUACGUAAAACAAACUGGAGAAGCCUACUGGCAACCGGCAGGUUCUUCUUCCCCGCCGACUUUGGAGUACGUCCAAGGCUACCCGGGCGUAGCGACCAUUUCGGCGAGCGACUCCGCGGGAUUAAUGUACAACGGGGGUGGAUAUGUAACCGCGAGCAACGGGUCGCCCUCCCCGUGGGGUAGCUUGCCUGACGAAACCUUCGACGGAACUGUCAUGACUGAGACCAAGGAAUGCGUUAACUGCGCUGCCAACAUGACCACGCUCUGGAGACGAGACGGUACCGGUCAUUUUUUGUGCAAUACGUGUAAAAUUUACAACAAACCCAAUGGCGCGAGUAGGGGAACCAUGAGAUAUAAUUCCAAAAUGAAACAGACUAUUGCUGCGGUAAACAGGCCGAUGAGUAUGAAAAAAGACGGGAUCCAAACCCGCAAAAGAAAACCAAAAAAUCACUCAGCAAUGUCUGGAGUACUUGCAGGACCUAGCGCAGGAAUGAAUAAAUCCGAGAUGAAACCCAAUUUACUCGUGGAUUCAAAGUUGCACAUGAGCAUGCUCACUAAUAGGGGUGGGAGCGUUGAAAGGGUUGAGGACGAUUACAUGAGUACAAUAACAACUCAAUUGGGGCACGCGCAUUCGCCGAUAGCAUUACCCUCUGCUGCGGUAUUGAAUCGUCAAACUAAUCUUAUUGUGCCCCCAUUAGAACCAAUCACUAUUAACAAGUCAUCGGAUCUGACGGUGAUAACGUCAACAGCGCUGGUCUCAGAUACCGACCGACCAUGA